AUGUCAUUUUUUAACCCUUUUGUCGGUACUUCUCGAUCUGGCGAUGCUUGGUUUCUGGCCGGCCCUACAUCUUCCUUUCCGAAUAUUACAGCCUCCGGAGAUACUGUCCUAUCCGAUCGCUUACCAUGCAAAGGUUCUUUCGCACCUGGUUGCAAAGUCUUUCAUGUACCUGUUACCAAUAGUACUCAAGCAGUUGAAGUCGAGCUUGAUGAUGCCGUAGCAGCUGGACCCAAGGAGCAAGUUAUAGUGUUUCAAUACCAAGGCAAGUUUCAUGCCGUUGAUCAUAGCUGUCCACAUUCCUCUUUUCCACUUUCACGAGGCACACCGUUUGACAUUGAGGAUUUUGGCAUACGAUUGAGUGUAGGAAUACAAUGUCCAAAACAUGACUGGUCUUUUGAUUUGAUUCAUGGCAAAGGUGACCGAGGAAGUUAUAAGUUGAAAGUCUGGGAAGUUCAACUACGACCGAUUUCUGGGGCGGAGAAUGAAGAGAGGGAGGUUUGGGUUAGAAGGAAGCAAAGGAUAGGAUGA